AUGCGUUUGUAUAUCUUGUUGGCCUUUGCAGUUGCACUUUUCGCCGUUUCUAUAUUCUCUCAAAAUGUAACUGGUAAGAGAUAUGAAGCAUUUACUGACCGUAUCUAGACACCACUACUGCUGAGUCCCAUGUCCGAGUUCGACGAUCUGACAAUGAACAACGACGUGCUUAUGAACGGGAACUGCAAAGAAGACAGGAAGCACAAAGACGACAACAAGAGCGAGAAAGACAAGAAAGAGAACGACAACAGAGAGAACGGCUAGAGAGAGAAAGACAAGAACGGGAGAGACAAAGACUUGCAGCGAUAAGGGAGCAAUACAGACUGUAAGGGACGGUCAUAUACCGACGAAAAUUCAGGCAGUAGGACUUCCUUACGAUAAAGUUAAACUUAGCCGUUAACAAAUCUUUCUUUAGCGCUGCGAUUGAACGAAGACGUCAAAUAGCCGAGGCCAGGGCCAGAGAACUGGAUCGAGCGAACCGACAACUUCAACAGGUAAGUAAUUGGUACUAUAAUAAACUCUAGUAAUAUGACGGUCUAAAAAUUCCAAAGGAGCUUUUUAUUUUGCUCUAAUGAAAUUCUUUGUCCUUUCUAAUCCCAAAUAAUGAAAUUCCAUCUUUUAGCAACAGCGCGCUGCCGCGCAACGACAACGCGAAAGAUACAAUGAAUGGAGAAGGCGGGCUUAA